UCCUAUGCUUAUUUUUUAUUUAUUUAUUUUUUUACAGCAUGAGAAGGCACACAUCCUCAUUAGCUUCCUCUCCUCCAGACAGCUGUGGUUUAAUGACUACUUGGUGUGGAAACCAGAAGAGUUUGACGGUAUCGAUCACCUAAUUGUGCCUCUUGACUUCAUCUGGAUUCCGGAUUUUUACAUUUGGGAAUUUGUUGGUGAAAAUUUUUCUCCACUCAUGUCAUAUGCAUACAUUCAUCAUACUGGAAAAGUCAUCUGUGAUCAGCCAAUAAGAGCUGAGACGUCUUGCUACUUGGAUAUUUUCUUCUUUCCUUUUGAUACUCAGAAGUGUUCAUUUACAUUUGGACCAUAUCUCCAUACCGUGGCAGACAUCACCUUGGGUGUUCACAUGUCAGAUGAGCAGCUGCUGUCAGAUUCUCUUCAGAACCUUCAAGACAGAGGAGAAUGGGAGCUCCGACAGAUUAAUGCAUCUAUCCAGCAAUUUUUCUAUCAGAAAGAUGAGUGGCCAAUGUGUGUCUUCACCGUCAAGAUCAGGCGAAAGCCCACCCUCUAUUUGGUCAGCCUAAUUCUGCCUAGUGCUUUCCUGAUGCUGAUUGAUAUUCUGAGCUUCUACCUUCCCCCUCAUUCUUUGGACAGAUGUGCCUUCAAAGUGACUCUUCUCCUGGGGUAUACUGUCUUCCUGCUGAUGAUGAACAACAUUCUGCCAAACAAUUCUGGAGGAACGCCCCUCAUAGGAGGAUACUUCUUAUUCUGCCUUGCCCUGUUGGUUAUCAGUUUGUUGGAAAGCAUUUUCAUUUCUUAUAUUCUCAAUGGACUUGGUGCUCAGAACAGGACUGUUCCCCAGUGGGUUAAAUCUUUUGUCUUGGGCUACAUGUCCCAGCUGAUUUGCUACAAAAUCACGGAUACCAGGGAACAUCACAAAAAGAUGAAUGUGUUUACAGUUGGAAUGUUCAAAAGUUAUGAAGAUGAACUUACUGGCAACAGAGAAGCCUCAGGACAAGAACUGGAACGAUUUCUAAAGGACACUUGUGACAUGGUGAAGGAUAUAAGAAAUUCCUUUGAACACUUUCACAUCAGGAGCAAAGAUGCUGAAGAGUGGAAAGAAGUGUCUAUUGUCUUGGACAUUUUUAUUUUCAGAGUUUAUAUUAUCUUUAUUACUGUUUGCAUGGUAUGCUUGGGUAUUUUCUGGUCACAGUGGCUCACAGAAUAGGAAGGAUCCCCAUAGGCUCAACAUCUUCAGGAUUCUAGGUUUCUGUGAUGACUUCAUACUUAGAUCUGCUAACUAUUAGCCAUCCUUUAAUUUACACAAAUGCCAGCA